GUCUGCGCGUCGCUUCCCUGUGCGCAGCUACAGUGCACUUGAGGUCGCUGUUUAAGGUUUCGCCUGAUUUUUCUCUUUCGAUUUGGAGCCAACAUGGAGAAACGCAUUCUGGACUCACAGAUUAAAGGAGUCAGCACCGGGACUACAAUCCUGGCUGCCACUUUUGAUGGAGGAGUUGUGAUUGGCUCAGACUCCAGGGCUUCAAUGGGAGGGGAAUAUGUCUCUUCAAAGACAAUUAACAAAGUAAUUCAGGUUCACGACCGGAUCUUCUGUUGUAUGGCUGGUUCUCUGGCCGAUGCCCAGGCUGUCCUAAAGGCGGCUAAAUUUCACUUAUCAUUUCACAGUGUACAGAUGGAGAGCUCACCACAAGUUAUUGCAGCAGCAUCUGUGUUGAAAGAACUGUGUUACGAAAACAAAGACGAGCUACAGGCUGGCUUUAUCACUGCAGGAUGGGACAAGAAAAAAGGACCUCAGAUUUAUGUUGUGUCUCUUGGCGGGAUGUUGAUCAAGCAGGAAGUGACCAUUGGAGGCUCCGGCAGCACCUACAUCUACGGAUACGUGGAUGCCAAAUACAGACCAAACAUGAGCAGAGAAGAAUGUCUACAGUUCGCCACUAAUGCUCUUGCGUUGGCGAUGGGCAGAGAUAACGUGAGUGGAGGCGUGGCUCACCUGGUUGUGAUCACCGAGUCUGGAGCAGAGCAUACGGUGGUGCCUGGGGACAAGCUGCCCAAGUUCCAUGAUGAUUAACUCCCUACUAAAAAUAAAACUAAAGUAAAAAAAAAAAAAAAAAAAAAAAAGGCAUUUUUGUCAUUCAUCUUACAUUACUAAUAUAAUAUAAUUAGAAUAAAAAUGUUAUAUGUGUAAUAUGUUUUGCCAAAUCAGUGCUUGUAAAUUUUGUUUUACCAUUACAACUUCUUACUUGGGCAAAGAGAUGCAUUUUUGUCAUUCACUUAAUAAAACAGUUGAUAUAAAAAUACAAAUAAUGAAAA